GCCAUUUUGGCACAUUUAAGUCAGCUCGCGCUAGCCUUGCGAGCCUCGGCUGUUUUCAGCAUGGCUUCUCCUCCGAGUGAGGUGCCAUGGCGCAGCACACGUGGUCGAAGCGCUCCGUGGACUCAGCCCGAAUGCCGCACGAUUGCGGAAGCAAUGUUAUCGAACAUCCCGGCAGCGUCAGCAUCGUUGAUCCUUGAGAACAAGAAGAAGGUAGAUCGGGUCAUCUCGUACAAUGCAGCAUACAACGUAACAGUGCAGGCUCUCAAGGAGAAUUUUGGGUACUUGAAGGCUGUGAUCGAGCAUUGCCCCCAGGGAGCUCCCAGCAGCUACAUGCUAGCGGACGCCUUCUUGGAGCUCGACAAACUGCUGAAUUCGAAACUGCUCAAUCCCGCGGGCAUCAAGACAAAGCAGGUGCUUGCCUUAGAGGAGGCGGGGCGCUUGCGAAAGAUGGUCGGGCACACUCGGAACUUGCAUGGGCGGGUGGAUACUUCCCGCGAUCCCGUUUUGAUGCAGCUGAAAAGCAUGCGCGCCCCCAGCCCUGGUUCCAAGCGCGCCCAACUGCAGCGCGGCUCGUCGUCGGAGUCCCAGGCCGCCUCGCCCGUGGGAGAGCUCUUCACGCCCGUGAAGAAGCAGGAGAUCGACUACGCGGCCGAGACGGACCGCCUGCUGGGCAUCGGCCCCGUGGACGCGGUGAGCGCCAUGGGCAUGAAGAUCAUGGCAAUGGACAGCGAGGGCAGCUUGCGCGCGCCGAACCCUCACCAGCAGUGGGCUUUGGCGAAGCCCGAGAAGAACAGCUCCGAGAAGGCACCCCCCAAGAAGAAGAAGAAGAACAAGUCCAGCUUCGGUCGGAAGCGGAAGGCCGCCCCAGAGCCCAAGCCUGUGGCGGCGGUCGCCAUGGCGCCUGAGCUGCUGCCGCCGCCUCCUCCAGCUCAGGAUCCGAAGGUUGAGGAGGCGAUCAGCAAGAUGCUGACGAACUACCCAGAGCAUGGCCCGCGCGAGAGCCUUCACCUCCGCAUCCCAGUGGAGGCGUGGCCGAAGGUGAUCAAUGGCAAGCACUCGUACACUAUCUACGGCGGCGCCCAUGCCAAGGUCGAAGUCAAUUUGAAGUGCAAGCACUUCCGGGUCCAGGGGAAAGAGCCAGGCACUCCACCGAUCGAUGGCUCGCCCAAUGUGCCGUGGGCCAAAUACAGCAGUAUUGCAGAGGCCUGGACAGCUUGCAAGGUGUUGAGCGGUUUCGAUGCUUCAAAGUAGGAGUGCAUGUCGAAUUGUUUGGGCAAUAGGGCGUUCGGGCUGUUGGAGUGCUUCGAUGCUUCGAAGUAGGAGUGCUUGAGCAAUCGGGCGUUCAGGCUGUUCAGGAUACUCGAGUUGCAAUCGACCAGCCACCGACUAGCAUGAUGCAGCCGAGCUCUGGG